AUGGAUUUUAAGAUCGCAGGAAAAUAUAGAAUCGGUAGAAAGAUUGGUGGUGGAUCAUUCGGUGAGAUCUACCUUGGAACCAACAUUGUUACAAAUGAAGAAGUUGCAAUUAAACUGGAACCACAAAAAGCAGUACAUCCACAAUUAUUGUUUGAAUCGAAAUUAUACAAAAUAUUUGCUGGUGGAAUCGGUAUUCCAUCUGUGAAAUGGUUUGGAUUCGACGGUGACUACAAUAUAAUGGUUAUGGAUCUUUUGGGACCAAGUUUGGAAGAUCUCUUUAACUACUGUGGAAGAAAGUUCUCUUUGAAAACUGUAUUGAUGUUAGGUGAUCAAAUGAUUAGAAGAAUCGAAUUCAUUCAUGCCAAUAACUUCAUUCAUAGAGACAUCAAACCUGAUAACUUUUUGAUGGGUGUAGGUAAGCGUGGACACGUAGUCAACUUGAUCGAUUUUGGAUUGGCAAAGCGAUACAGAGAUCCAAGAACUCAUCAGCAUAUAUCGUACCGUGAGAACAAGAAUCUCACUGGUACCGCCAGAUACGCAUCGCUCAACACCCAUCAGGGUAUCGAGCAGUCGCGACGUGACGAUCUCGAAUCACUGGGUUACGUCUUGAUGUACUUUAACAGAGGUUCCUUACCAUGGCAAGGAUUGAAAGCAUACACCAAGCGUGAGAAAUACGAAAAGAUUUGCGAUCGUAAAGCACACACUGAUUUAGAAGCAUUGUGUCAAGGUUUCCCAUCCGAAUUCCAUUCAUUUUUAAAUUAUACAAGAUAUCUCAGAUUCGAAGAUAAACCAGAUUAUUUAUAUCUUAGAAAGUUGUUACGUGAAAUGUUUGUUAGAGAAGGUUUUAAAUAUGACUAUAUGUUUGAUUGGGUCAUCAUCAGAAAGUUGAGAGAGAAACCACCAAUGUAUCAUUUAUCACCAAAUGAAGAGAACAACAAUAACAAUAACAACAACAACAAUAACAGCAGCACUAAAAAGGAAUUAUCAAUGAUAACUGACAAAGGAAACACAACCGUUGCCAAUUCCUCUGCAAAUCCAUCCAUUUCGACAUCUGACAAAUCAAAGCCAGUUGCCGGUAAAGAAGAAAUGGUAACAACUACUACAACAACAACAGGAACAGGAUCAACAACCUUUACCAAACAGAAUAGAGUGUUAUCAUUUUCACCAAACAACGAUCAAUCACCUUCAAAAUAG